GGGAAGUGAACAAAAACUAUAAUUAAAUUAUAAUACAAUGCAUGAGAAGUGUUUAUGUUUAGACCUAUAGUUUACAAAAAAACCUUCCUUGUGAAUAACAUGAUCCUAAGCUGCCAAAAGAAUUUCGUUUUACCAAGCUAGCCAAUCAAGAGAAAUGUUACGAAAUGGCGGAGUUCCUGCCUCUCUGCGACGUGCUGUUCAACGUGAUCUCGCUGGCCGGUUACUUCUGCGACGUCGUGUUCGACGUUGUGAUGAGCUACGCGCUGCUCGAACGCGGCUAUAAGGCCACGUUCGCGGCCGCCAUAUCUAUAGUCGUCACGUCGCUUCUUAUAACGCAGGUCCUAUCCCUCCGCUGGUACCUAUCCGUGUGGGGCGCGGACGGGCGCACGCAACGCCCGUGGGCGGUGGCGGCGCUGCACUGCCUGCAGCUGGGCGUGCUGUGGCGGUACGCGCGCCUCCUUGCCCCCGUCGACACCAGCACACCGCGCGUUAAACACCAAGUGCGGGAUCUGUGCAUGCUGCGCCUGGUGCACGCGUUCUGCGAGGCGGCCCCGAUGCUGCUGCUGCAGUUGCACGUGCUGCUACGAGAGGAGCCCGAGCCUGAGCCGCUGGAUUCUCCGGGGAUUUCACCUGCUGGCAACGCAGCGUUCGCAGAGUUGAACGUGAUAUCGGCGUCUCUCUCGCUCUUCUCCGUGUGCUGGGCGCUGGCGAGCUUCAGCAAAAACGUGCGUCUGCGGAACGUGCACCGACUGGUGUUGACCUGGCUUGGUGUUAUUGUUCAAUUCCUCUGGCGGUUGGGGACGAUCUCCGCGCGUAUAUGCGCGCUCACCGCGUACGCUCUAGUCUACGAAUACUGGGUCUUCUUAGUUAUAGGUCUCCACUGGGUCUCAAUGUUCCUGUGGCUCAUCUCGCCCAAGAACGUGUUCGACGGCGAGCGCGUCGGUCGCGGGCGGAAAGCUCUACUAGCCGCGCUAAUAGCUGCCGUUUACGUGCUAGCUUAUGUAAAUCUGCAAGAGCAUAGGCAUAAGCAGAAGAUGGUGGCGUUCUACAUCGUUAUGUUCGUAGAGAACGCUCUGCUAUUGGUGGCGUGGUGGUGGGCCGCGCCGCGAGCGAACUUGUCCGUCGUGGGCUUCUCCGCCGCCGCUUAUGUCUCGGGCCUGGCCUGCAUGCUGCUCUACUACAGAUAUUUUCACGUGCGAAGAUUGGGUUACAUGUUAGGAGAAAAUCAACAGGGUACGAAUAGUACAAAUGCAUCGUCACAAAACAAAAACGGUAAACAAGCCAACAAUGCGGAUAAUCCUGUUAUUCCGGGCGUGUUCAACUGUCGCUUCACAAAUCCAGUUAAUAGCAGCGCGGCGCUGCGCAAGAAGAAGAAGCCCACAUCGUUCGUGCCGCCCCCCGCCGCGCCCGCCCCCGCCGCGCCCCAGCCCGCCCCCGCCCCCGCCGCACCCCACGCCGCCUUCUGGCGACGCCCGCUGCCGCACAACCACCACGGAGGUUCUUCGGAGAACGAAGGCUCCAGCGUCGGCUCCCGCGUCAACAUCCAACAAAAACUACAGGAAAAGAAGCAAAAACAGCUCGCCGAGCUCCGAGUGAUAGAAGAAGAAAUCAAACAGGGCAAACUAGCCAAAACCACCCCCGUCGCCGCCGAAGAAAUAUACAGCAGCCUGCAAAGGCAACCCAUACCUAGGGCCAAAACCCACGCUGAACCCGCCUGGCCCAGUAUAGAAAUGACACACUCGUACCAAAACUACCCCGUCCCGCACACAUGCAACAUAUACCCAACCUACACAGAAAUCAAAAACUACAACCAACCCUUCCAAAACAAUAACACAGAUCUAAACGAUCUCAAAAUACAUAGACGAUACGACAUUUACGAAAACCCUAACAUUUCUAGACCUAUACAUUCACCUAAUUAUCUAGCUUUAUCAGAGAAUAGAAGCUACGAAACGAACCGGGCUAGCCCUAGAACUAUAAAUAAUAGCCCUAGGAAUUACAUCACGGAAAACAAUUACGAAUUAGAUAAAUCUAGGAUACCUAAUAACAUAUACAGCGACGCGCCUGAGUAUUCCGGGUUCGAAAAUCAGCCUUAUAAUAAGGAUGAGUACGUGUCAAAUUUGCUUAACCAAAGCAUAGAUGCGAGAUAUGAGUGUUACGGACAGAAUUGCGACCGGUUUCCGUAUAUGAAGAAGGAGGAAGGGAGACGGAAGAUGCAGCGGUGUCGGACGCCGGAGAUCCUGCUCGCACCUCACUAUCUGGAGGGGUGUUGCCAUUGGGGCGCGCCUUAUCCAAAUAGGAAGAAGGAAGAGGGCCUGGUGGCGGCCAGUAGCGGCGACGAGUCCGCUGCAAGGGACACUCCGCGAGCGCCCUCUGACAUCGACAGCCAGAUCUCCCUGCCGCGUUCAUAUACGUUACCUCGAGAGUUCCGCUACUGGCGCCGGCGGCCGCGGCUCCGCGACCACGUGCCCAGCAACAACAGCAGCGACGGUGACGUAGACAGCGGCGACAACGACAGCGACCGCCGUUCAAACUGCUCAGCGCGACAACCGUACUGCGCGCCGCUAGCGCUCGACGACCAUCGCCGACGACGAAAACCAAUGCCCAAGCCGGAGACCAAGCUGUAGCGAGUCUUUUGAGCGACCGCUUCAAGUUUUCAGGCGGCGGUACUGCGCUACACUAGCGCUCGACGACCAUCGCCGGCGGCGGAAACCCAUGCCCAAGCCGGAGACCAAGCUGUAGCGAGUCAAAUAGCGACCGCUCCAACUUUUCAAGCGGCGGUACUGCGCUACACUACCACUCGACGACCAUCGCCAGCGGCGGAAACCCAUGCCCAAGUCAGAGACCAAGCUGUAGCGAGUCAAAUAGCGACCGCUCCAACUUUUCAAGCGGCGGUACUGCGCUACACUACCACUCGACGACCAUCGCCAGCGGCGGAAACCCAUGCCCAAGUCAGAGACCAAGCUGUAGCGAGUCUUUUGAGCGACCGCUUCAUGUUUUCAGGCGGCGGUACUGCGCUACACUAGCGCUCAGCGACCAUCGCCGGCGGCGGAAACCCAUGCCCAAGCCGGAGACCAAGCUGUAGCGAGUCAAAUAGCGACCGCUCCAACUUUUCAAGCGGCGGUACUGCGCUACACUACCACUCGACGACCAUCGCCAGCGGCGGAAACCCAUGCCCAAGUCAGAGACCAAGCUGUAGCGAGUCUUUUGAGCGACCGCUUCAUGUUUUCAGGCGGCGGUACUGCGCUACACUAGCGCUCAGCGACCAUCGCCGGCGGCGGAAACCCAUGCCCAAGCCGGAGACCAAGCUGUAGCGAGUCAAAUAGCGACCGCCCCAACUUUUCAGGCGGCGGUACUGCGCUACACUAGCGCUCGAUGACCAUCGCCGACGACGAAAACCAAUGCCCAAGCCGGAGACCAAGCUGUAGCGAGUCAAUAGUGACCGCUCCAACUUUUCAGGCCGCGGUCCUGCGCUACACUAGCGCUCGACGAUCAUCGCCGGCGGCGGAAACCCAUGCUCAAGCCAGAGACCAAGCUGUAGCGAGUAAAAUAGCGACCGCUCCAACUUUUCAGGCGGCGGUACUGCGUUACACUAGCGCUCGACGACAAUCGCCGGCGGCGGAAACCCAUGCCCAAGCCGGAGACCAAACAGUAGCGAGUCUUACAGUGACCGCACCAACUACUUAAACAGCGCUACUGAGCGACACUAGGGCUUGAUAAUCGUGACGGAGACGGUAGUCUUACAACCGCUCCAAGUAGGUACUCAGGUAGCACUACAACGCCCUUAUCGCACAUGAAGCAUAAUGACCCUUUUCUGGAAAGCCACAUGUUGAGUGACCGAGUCGACAAACUAAAUCAUAGACAUUAGUCUAUGUCAUAGACUAAUAACGCGUUCCAUAAUUCUAUGCCAAAUUCGUGUAGAAUUUAAAUUAGGUGUUAUUUUACAGUAUUGUACUUGACUUACCUCUGAAUAAUUUAAAUGCCAAAAGGCAUAAUUGUACAGAAAGAAUAACAAUCAAUAUUCGAUGGAUUAUUUUUGAUGUAAUGUAAACUUUGUACUUAUGUAUUUAGUAAGAAUGGCAAAGCUCAAGUCAAAACGCCUUGUAGUUUUAAGUUUAAUUUACGUUACUUGUCUAAUCUCAAUUAAAUAAAUAUAUUUAUGUACUUAAUUUGUAUCUCGGCAUCCGUCCGUACUAACUUUAUGUAGCCAUUUAUGUAUACAAAUAGGUAAGCUAUGUAAAUUAUAUCAAACAAUUGUAAGAUAUUGUAUAUUUUAUACAGCAGGAGAGGUCAAGGAUGAAAAUAAAACAGACAUAUCAAACUU